AUGGGUUGUGGUGCAUCGGCUACCAAACCAACUAAUAAAUCUAAAACGUCUUCAACAUCUACUCAUCAACGUGUAAAGGCGGAUAAACCAAACUCAGAAGUACCAAAUCGCAUGGCUUCAUCACAAGGUCAUGCUCCGGAUAAUCAUAUGCAAGCAGAUGACGAUACAAAAAUGGUUCAUGUCAUUGAUAUAAAUGAUGGUUUAAUUAGUGAUAAAAAACCAGAACGUAUUGAAUGUGAUGAUAUUGUUGAAUUUAAAAUCGAUGGAAAAGAUGAAUAUGAUAUUAUUCAAGUAUAUAAAGAUGGUAAUGAUUAUUAUCGAGUAGAUAAUGGAUUUAAAUUAUCCAAUAUAAAAAAUCGAACAUUAAAAAAAAAUAGACAAAUAUCAUUUUCAUAUGAUCUCAAUCAACCUGAACUUGAAUUAUAUUUUUGUAUUAUUCCAUCAUCAGAACGUGAAACAAUUGCUAAAACACGUAAAUUACCAAAAAAUAAUUGUGAAAAAAACUGCCUAAAACUUUAUCAGAGUGAAAUCAAAUUUACUUUAAAUGAUACAACAGAAAGUCAGAAAGUUUAUUUACAUAAAGGUGAUACUGUAGAAGUUGAAUGGGCAACGAAACAUAAUUAUCGUAUUGAAGAAAAAAAGUUUUGUCCUGUAUCUGGUGGACUUUAUACAGUUGCUCAACCAUCUAAUAAUGAUUCCAAUCGAUUUUCAAAGAAGGGAACAUUUAAGAAAACAUUUAAUGAUUUUGGCAUGUCAUUUUUAUUUCGUUUAACUGAUAAAAAUCAAAUUCAUGAUGUUAUUGUUUGUAUUAUAAAUGAGUCGUAUGAAAUGAAACUUAUAGAAAUAGCUGAUAAUAAUAUUCAACCAAAUAUUAUUUGGAUUGAACAAAAUGAUUGGAUUGUAUUUGAUUGGAAUACAAAAACGAAACAAAGUGUUACACAAAUUGAACCAUUUACUAUUGAUCAACAAAAACAACAAUCAAUUGAAUUAAAAACACCGGGUAAAAAUUUUUUCUGGCCAAAUGGAACAACACGUCGUGGUCAUAUGCGUCAUCAAUUUAAAGAACCAGGAAUAUAUUGUUAUAAAACGGCAACAGAUCAAAUUGGUACAAUUAUUGUUGAAGCACGUCAAAAUAUUUAUCAUGUACCAGUUUUUGGUGAAAAUUUAAUUCAUAGUAUGAAUACAAAUGAUUUAAUACAAUUUGAUUGGAGAAUGGAUAGUCCUAAUGAUGAACCAGUACAACUGACUAUUGAUCCACAAUCAUCUGUAGUACCACAUGCAAUUGGUGGUAUACCUGAAGUAUUUAACUGUGCCACACAUAAAUGUACUAAAGUUGAUCAAACACUUCAACGUCAUUUUCACACAUGUGAAACGCUUAUUUUUAAUAUUCCUCAACAUGGUGUUUACAAUUUUGCUUAUUCUAAAAAUCUUGAUGCUCCACUUAUAAGUAUUGUCGUUGAAAAUGGUAUCGAUAAUCAUCGUGUUGCUUAUGAUGAACAUAAUUCAUUCGAACCUAAUACAUUAAUAAUAAAUCGUAAUGAUCAAGUAUGGUUUGAUUCAUCAUCAACAAAAGUUGCUACUAUCUAUGAAACAGAUGAAUUUGGUAAUGAAUUAGAAGCAGAUCAGCCCAUAUUUCAUCCUCAAGAAAAUAGUAUUAAUUAUUUUAUGAAAAAAUUUUCACAAUUGGGUAUUUAUUAUUUUUCAACGGAAAGAAAUGAUAAUGAAAAUAAUAAUAAAGAAAAUGAUGAACAAAUGUGUCCAUUAGCAAUAAUUGUUAUACCAGAAGUACGUUUUCAUUAUAGAUCAGUACGUGAACAGGAUUUUGAUAAUCAAUCAAUAAUAACAAAUGUAAAUGAUUAUGUUAUUUGGACAUUUGAUAAUAUUAUUUCUCAUAAUGUUGCACAUGUAAAUUCAAAUUUAUCAUUGAAUGAAUUGAUUGCAUGCCAUGAUAAAGCUGUUGCCGGAAGAAAACGUAAAUGUCUUGGUGUUGAAUGUAUUCAAUCUGGAACAUUUUUUUUUGCUAAUCCAGAAUUUGAACGUGUUGUUGGUUCAGAAGAUCGUCUCAUAGCAUCAAUUAUUGUUGAACCACCAUUUAGCCAAAAUUCUUUUAUUAUAGGUACUCGUCAAUUUACUCCUAAUGUUUUAAAUAUUGGACAAAAUGAUACUGUUUCAUGGGUAUUAUCUACUAAUGAUACAAAUCAUCGAAUUUAUGUACAACCACGUGGAGAGGAAGAAGAAAUUGAUGAAGACUAUAUUAUACAUCGACGUAUUACUGAUUUUGUUCAUAAUGUUCAUCAUUUACAUACAUUUAAUAAACCUGGAGAAUAUACUAUUCGAUCUAAUCGUUUUCAAAAACCAGCGACAGUAGUCGUUUAUUCACAAGAUCAAAUUAAAAGUCAAAAAAAACGAGUCCAAGAACCUAACUUAAUUGAAGAUAUUGAUUCGUCAUGCCCUGCUGGUACACAAGUACAUUUAUUUUGUCCAAAUCGAAAUGCAAAUAUGCAUUACACUACUGAUGGUUCUCCUCCAACACGAUUUUCUGAUGCUGUUCAUGAUUACGAUCCAAAGCAAGGUAUACUCUUAGAGGACACAGGUUUACAUGUCAUACGUGCUUAUGCAGCUGAAAAUGAUAAAAUAUCAAGUACUGUUAUGACAAGCAGUCCAACAUUUGUUAUGGCCAGUGCACAACCAGAACCGGAACCAGAACCACAACAACAACUACAACAACAACACCAACAGCAACAACUACAACAACAACACCAACAACAACAACAACAGCAACAGCAACAACAACAACUACUACAACAACAACCAGGACUUUUGCAUAACGCACCGCAGGAAGUUAUUGAUUCACGAAAUACCUAUGAAGUAACACUUUCGGCAACAUUGCAACAACCAAAUAAAGUGUAUGGAAAAAUCAAUAUUGAACCCGCUAAUGCUAUAAAUUCUAUUGAUUAUUUUGAAUUAUGUAUUAAUGAUAUUGCACAAAAAACACAUAUAGCACCAACAAAUCUUCAAUUUUCAGCAGAUGGUUUCGCUGCUGGAGAGCAAUAUGAAAUUUAUGUUACUGCUCAUCCAAAAACUGGUGUUGUUCAUGGUGCACCUAUAACAUCAAAUAAACGAGCCUUUGAAAUUAAACGAGAAAUUUCAAAUGGUGGUCCUUUAAUUAGUUUAGCUGUAUCAAAUGAUCCUAAUGUAUUAGUUAUUCAAUGGGCACAUAUUAAAGAUAAUGUUAGCGAAUAUAUUGUUUACGUUGAUGACACUGAAAGAAAAAUUUUGACUGAAAAAAAUUUUAAUGACUUUUAUGGCAUUCAAUUUUAUGGUGUGCAACAAAAUAAAACGUAUCCAUUAUAUGUUGAGGCGAAAAUUAAAGACAGUAACACUAUUCGUAAAUCGAAUACCAUAAGUGUUACGACACCAUUAGAAAUGACAGUACAUAAUCCAUCAAAAGAUGGCUAUGUUCCUUAUAUCAAAAUUAAUAGUGAUACAUCACCAGCUGAUGCACAUGUUGAAGAAUCUAAAAAACGAGCACAAACCCUUCUCGAACAAUUAACACAAUCUAUUGAAAAUCGUUCGACACCCAAUCGUCCACGUUCACAAACAUCAUUGUCCGAUGAUUCUAAACGUCGAGCACAAAUAAUUCUUGCACAAUUAACAGAAUCUAUUGAAAAUCGCUCAAAAUCUAAUCCUAUACAUUUACAAACAUCAUUGCCUGACAAUCAUGAUCAACCACUAUCACAACGAUCAUCAAAAUCAUCUCAUGACCAACCUGUUUCACAAAAAUCAUCUCAUGAUCCAUAUACGGAUAAACGUCCACCAAAACCUCAACAACCUAUUCAACUUAACAAUUUUGAAGCACGACGUGUAGAACAAAAUCGAAAGGCAGAAAAUAUACCAAUUACAAAUCCUUUUCAACAUCUUAUACCGGUAAUUUCAUCUAAAAAUAAUGCAUAUGGUAUUACGUUAUAUUGGAAAAAACAACCUCAAGCAAAUACUGAUCGUACUGAAAACUAUCGAAUAAUUGUUGAUAAAAAUCCAUAUGGAGGAUUGAUAUCACCACAAGAUGAACCGAAAGUUCAAGUAAAUCUUUCAUCAGGAAAACAUGAAUGUUAUUUGGAAGUUAUAUUAAAAGAUAAAAAUGAAGAAAUAUUAAAAUCAAAUAUUCUUAAUAUCAAUGUUUUAUCUACUGGCUUAAAAUCUCAACCACAACAGAAAAAAGAACCAUCAGAUACUUUUAUUCAUAAAGUUGUUGAACAAAAUGAUCUUCCUAUACCAAAACUAAAUGUGCAAACAAUAAGUCCAACAUCAAUUCGUGCAACUUGGUAUUUAGAUCGACCAAUACCAGCAGAUGUAUAUGUUGCUAUGUAUGAAGUUCAUAUUCGUGGUAAAGAUUUUUCAGAUAAAAUAACAAGCGAUGAAAGUUCACAACAAAAUGGUUAUACCGAACAUAUUUGGAAUUUAUCCCAUGUUCCAUUGGAAAUAACAGGCAUUUCGGAUCAAGAAGAAUAUGUAGUUUUUGUUCGAGCUUUAUAUCAUGUUCAAGGAUUAAACGAUACGAAAUAUCUUGUAACAAAAUCUAAUGAAAUAAAAACAACAAGAAUUGAUCCAUUAAUUGAAUUAUUAACACGACCAUUAUUACAAGUAACACGUAUUGGCUUACAAACAGCUUAUUUAUCAUGGAAACUUGAUGAUUCUGUUGAUCAAACAUUAAUUAAAGGUUAUCGUAUGAUUCUUAAUUCUAAACCAACUGAAAUUCUUCCACCAGAUCAACAUGAAUAUGAAUUACGUAAUCUUAAACCAGGUACAACAAAUGAAAUUCAAGUAUCAGUUACAACUCAUCCUGAUUUUGUUGAUGAGAAAAUAUCUGAACCUAUACGUAUUGUAUGUGCAAAACGUCCUCAACCACCAACUAUCCAAGCAAUUCCGGCUGAAAAACCAUUUUCAAUUCGAAUUAAAUGGAAAUUAGAUAAUCAAGAUCAAGAUGAAAUAACUUCAUUUAAAAUUUUUCUUGAUGGAAAACUUCAUGGUGAAAUUGAUACUAAUGGACGGCAAUCAUUUAAAUAUGAUUUUAUUAAAUUACAAGCGGAUAAAACAUAUACGAUCUAUGUUAAAUCUUUACUUGGACAAAAGAAACUCGAUGGAAAUAUUUAUCAAUGUGAUGUAGAAUCAAAUGCAUCAAAUGAACUUACAUUAAAAUGUGCUGCACCACCAAAAGGUACAACACCAAGAGUUGAACGUAUGUAUAAAAAUGGUAUUGAUAUUGCUUGGGAUGCACCUACCGAACAUGGAGAUGUCAAAUUAACUGGAUAUCAAAUAUUGAAAAAUGGUCGUUCUAUUGGAAAAUCUAUACCACUUGAUCAACGACGAGCUUCUAUUAAAGAUUUAGAAUUAGGUGGUCGAUAUGCAUUUCAAGUUGUACCAAUUACUGAUCAACCAGGUGGUACUUUAUUUCGAAAAGGAGAAGAAUAUGAUCCUGAUCGUCAUGGUCAUUAUUUACCAGGUGAAAAACUUGAUGUUGAAUUUGCAGGUUUAGUUCAACUUCCAAAAGAUUUAUGGGUCGAACAAAUAUCAGGACGUUCAGCUUUUGUUUGCUGGUCUCCAGCUGAUGAAUCAACAAAUUCAAAUUCAAAACCAGAUAGUUACAAAAUGUCUAUAUGGAAUAAUAAAGAUUUAACACGUGAUAAACCUAUGAUUAUGCCAAUAAAAAACGACCAAACUAGUGUACGACUGAAAGAUCUUCAACCUAAUACAACUUAUGAACUUCAAUUAGAAGCAUGCAAAAAACGACAGCAUCCAACAACAAAAGAUUCAUAUACUGUUACAUCAGUAUCACAAGAGUUAACAUUCGUAACUGGUGCACCACCUGAUCCACCAUCGAAUCUUCAUAUUAUAGCUUGUACAAAUACUGGUGUUCGUAUUGGUUUUGAUCCAUUUAUUGAACAUAAUGCUGAAAUAAAAAUAUUACGUGUUCAAUGUGAACCAGUUUCUUCUGAAACAAAAGCAAGAGAAACGUCAAUGGACAUAACACCAGAUUCAACUGAAUUUAUUCUAACAAAUUUAAUUGAACGUACAGAAUAUAAUGUAACUAUAUAUGGUAUAACAGAAGAAUAUUUAAAUGAAAAUCGUUGUCGUGAUACUUCACAAUUACCUAAAAAAUUAAAACAAUCAGAAUGGUUACCCAAUAAAAGUAUACCUUUUCAAACAAGUGGUUGUGAACCAUCAAAUGAAAUAAAAAUUCGUCAAGCAACUAUUGAAUCAAUAAAACUUGAAUGGAUUUUAGGUAAAGCUUAUGGUUCAACAGAACUUAAUCGUCAAAUACUUCGUUGGCAAUUAGAACGUGGUGGUGAAGAACAUAAUUUAGAACUUGAUCGAAAUAUUACAAAGGCAGAAAUACCUGGACCACUGCCAUCGGGUUUAUAUAAAAUCUCACUUGAUUCAAUUUUUAGUGUGAAAAUCAAUCUCGAAGAAAGUGAUGAUGAAACUAGUCGAAAAGAAAUUUCUUUAACAACAAAUAAAUCAGCAUCAGUACGUUUUCAUACACCACCAACAUGUGAACGACCAGAAAUUUAUUUAACUGGUUAUACAAAAGAAACCGUUGAUUUAGCAUGGAAUAAACCAAAUACGUUUGAUACAAUUGAUCAUCCAGAAAAAAAUAAUGAACAACUUAAAGUACAUUGUCAAUUAGUUGGAUAUAGAAUUGAUAUUAAUAAGCUUAAACAUAAUACAAUAGAUAAAGAUCAAUGUCGAUGUACAUUGACUGAUUGUAAAUUAGGUGAAAAAUAUAACGUUCAAUUAAUAGCACAAACUAUGGUUCAAAAUGAAUAUAUGGAUAAUACGACGAAUGAUGAUAAAGAAAAUGCUAGAAAACCAGAUGAAACACCAUCAGAAAUAUUAUCUAUACAAAUGUUAAAAAAUGAAGAUCUUCUUGAUUCAUUUCAAGCUGAUUUUGAAUUUAAUUAUAAUGAUUCAAAUGAAAUUAUAAACAAUCGACGAAAUGAAGUUACAUCAUUAGGAAAAAUAAAUGUUACAUGGGAAGUAUCAGAUCCAGAAAAAAUUUCACAUUUUAUUAUUCAAUGGCGUUCAUCAAAAGAUUUACGUAUUCAAGAAAAAAUAGUACCUAGUAAUGAAACAUCGUGUACUAUAGAAUCAGCUGAUGAAAAACAUUAUUAUGUUAUUAAUAUUAUUAUUGUUACUAAUGAUGGUAAAAGACAAGAAUAUAUACCAUUAGCAAUACCAGUACCAGGUGCACCCGAUGCGCCAAAACUAUGGCUUGUUAAAACAUCUAAUACAAGUUUUACUGUUGAAUGGUCAGAACCAAAAUCAUAUGGAAUACCUGUUAUUGGUUAUCAAUUAUUUAUUGCUGGUAAAAAAUCAGGUGAUAUGAUGGCAGUUAAUUUACGACGCUUUGAAAUUGCUUCACAUAUUAAUCGUACAUAUCAGGUUAAUGUAUGUGCUGUAACAAAUAAUUCUCAACGUCCUCAUUCAGCUAUGUCUCAAACAUUAUCUGUUAUAACAACACCAACAACCGAUCUUGUUCCAACAGUAUAUUAUAAUAAUGAUGAUGGAGGUCCAACAUCAUUUGAUAGUAAUAUAGCACGUAUAAUACCAUUACAAAUUGAACCAGUUAAUGAAGAUAAACUUCAUCUUGACUGGACAUCAUUUUUACACACACCAACAAUACGUGCUUAUUAUAUACAUUAUACAUGUUUAAAUAAUGGAGAUAUACAAGCAAUGAAAGUAUCAACACGAAAUCGACAUGCUGUUUUACGUGGUCUACGACCAGGUUUUACUUAUGGAAUUAUAGUUAUGGCUGUUGAUAAAAAUGGUGGAGUUUUAUAUACAUCAGAUAAGAGUACUGUUCAAAUGAAUGCACCACCAAAUGCACCAAUUGUUGCUAUUAGCGAACGUACAAACAGUCAUGUUAAACUUGAAUGGCGUCCUGCACCAAGUUAUGGUGGCGUUACAGUUGAGGGUUAUAAAAUUUAUGUCAAUAAUCGUUUAGCAGCAAUUCUUUCACGUGAACAAUUAACAUAUACAUUAACAAAUGGCAUACCAUGUGAUACUUAUACAGUACAUGUACAAACAUUAACUAAUGACAAAAAUAUUCUUAGUCCAAUGUCACGUGCUGUACAAUUUGCAUGGCCAGGAAUUAAACCAGGUUCAUUUAAACGUAUCGAUGAUGGACAAACAGGAACUAUUACAGUGGCUUGGGAACAUCCACAACUAGAAGAUGAAAUGGAAAAAAUUAUUGGAUAUAAAUUAUAUUCGGAAAAUGCUUUAACACAUGCUGUACGUUGUCAUGGUGAAUAUGAUGCGGGUACACAUCAAGGAACAAUUAAUGGUUUAAACAAUGGCAAAAAUAUUGUUUGGCUUGAAAUUCAAAGUGAAAAUUAUUGUGUUCGUUCUCGACCAAUUACAGUUAUGUCUGGUCGAUUUAAUACAAUUCCUAAUCGUCAAAUACCAGUCGAUUCACCGAAAUGUAUUGGUCAAAAACAAAAACGAUUUCGAUCAAUAGGACCCAGUACUGUAACACCAGCACUUCGACAUACUCAAUAUUCAUAA